GUACCUGCCUACCAGGGAGAUGAUGGUUUCUGUCUGUUCGAGAGUAAUGCCAUUGCUCACUACUUGAGCAAUGAGGCCCUGCGUGGUGCCACUCCCCAGGCCGCAGCCCAGGUGCUGCAGUGGGUCAGCUUUGCUGACUCGGAGAUCAUCCCACCAGCCAGCGCAUGGGUCUUCCCAACUCUGGGAAUCAUGCAGUUCAACAAGCAGGCCACAGAGCAGGCCAAGGAGGAUGUGAAGAGGACCCUUGCAGUGCUGAACCACCACCUGAACACGCGCACCUUCCUGGUGGGUGAGAGGAUCAGCCUGGCUGACAUCAGUGUGGCCUGCUCCAUUCUCUGGCUCUACAAACAGGUGCUUGAGCCCUCUUUCCGUCAGCCUUACCCUAAUGUGACUCGCUGGUUCGUCACCUGUGUCAACCAGCCACAGUUCAAGACAGUCCUUGGAGAUGUAAAGCUGUGUGAAAAGAUGGCCCAGUUUGAUUCCAAGAAGUUUGCUGAGAUGCAGCCAAAGAAAGAGACUCCUCCUAAAAAAGAGAAGGCAGGAAAAGAUGCAGCCAAGCCCCAGGAGAAGAAGAAAAAGGAAGAGAAGAAGCCUGCUGAAGAAGAGGAAAUGGACGACUGUGAUGCUGUUUUGGCUUCUGAGCCCAAAACCAAGGACCCCUUUGCACACUUGGCAAAGAGCACAUUUGUUAUGGAUGAGUUCAAGAGAAAGUAUUCCAAUGAGGACACCCUGAAAGUAGCCAUUCCCCACUUCUGGGAGCACUUGGACACUGAGGGGUACUCAAUCUGGUACUGCGAGUACAAAUUUGCUAAGGAGCUUGCAGAACCCUUCAAAAGCUGCAACCUCAUCUCUGGUAAGCCUCAGCAACAUAAUUGUUGUUCUUUUUUUGCAUCCUACUUUGUUAAAUUCUGAAUUGAUGACCUAGAG